UGCCCGCGUGCGCCCGCACCCUCUGCCUCCUGAGCCAGUCCCGCGUGCCCCGCUGCCCACCCGCCAGACCCCAUGGUGUGCGCACUGAGCCUCCUGGCGCCCCUGCUGGGCCUGGGGCUGGGGCUGGCCCUGAGCCUGGCGGGGACGGCGGCUGUGGACUGUGGGCCCAUCGGCGCGGCCGAGCGCCUGACAUUCGCCCCAGCAGCCAGGGCCCGGUGGCUGGUCCCUCGCGUCCGCGCGCCGGGGCCCCUGGACCCCCUCUAUGGCACCGUGCGCCGCUUCCUGUCCGUGGUGCAGCUCAACCCCUUCCCUUCAGAGUUGGUCAAGGCCCUGCUGAAUGAGCCGUCCUCUGUGAAGGUGGAGGAGGUGGUGCAGUACGAGGCGGGCUAUGUGGUCUGCGCUGUGAUCGCGGGCCUCUACCUCCUGGCAGUGCCCACCACCGGGCUCUGCUUCUGUUGCUGCCGCCGCCGCCGGCGCUGUGGGGGCCGCGUGAAGAUGGAGCACAAGGCCAUGGCCUGUGAGCGUGGGACCCUCAUGGCCUUCCUGCUGCUGACCACCCUCGUGCUGCUGGUUGGCGUCAUCUGUGCCUUUGUCACCAACCAGCAUGUGCAUGAGCAAACAGGCCCCAGCAUGGAGGCUGUGCCUGAAACCCUACUCAGCCUCCAGGGUCUGGCCUCCAAUAUCCCCCAGGAGCUGCAGGCCGUGGCACAGCAGUUCUCCCUUCCCCAGGAGCAAGUCUUGCAGGAGCUGGAUGGUGUCAGUGAAACCAUCGGGAGCAUGAUUCACACCCAGCUCAGGAACACCGUGUACCUGGCACUGGCCUCUGUGCUCAGCGUGGGUCAGGCCCUGCAGGACUCCACAGACCAUCUCCGAGUCCUGAAUGCCACCUCGGUGGAGCUGCGGGAGGGGCAGCAGAACCUGGAGCCGGCCAUCCAGGGGCAGCGGGAACGCCUCCUGACCCUGCUGCAGGAGCCCGGGUGCCAGGGGAACUGUGCAGGGGCCCUGAGCCGGGCCCGCGCCCUGGAGCUGGGCGCCGACUUCAGCCAGGUGCCCCCUGUGGACGAUGUUAUGCAUCGGCUGAAGGGUGUCCCUGAGGCCAACUUCUCCAGCAUGGUCCAGGAUGAGAACAGCACCUUCAACAGCCUCCCGCUCCUGGCAGCCCUGCAGACAUACAGCGUGGUCAGAGACCUGAAGGAGGCAGUGGCCCAGCAGCCCGAAGGUGUGAAGACACUGGCCAAAGGGUUCCCGGACUUGAUGGCAGCCUCCCGCUGGAGCCAGGCCCUGGAGAAGCUGGAGCAGAGCAGCCGCCCCUACCUACAGGAGGUGCAGAGAUAUGAGACAUACAGGUGGAUUGUGGGCUGCGUGCUAUGCUCCAUGGUCCUGCUUGUGGUGGUCUGUAACCUGCUGGGCCUCAGCCUGGGCAUCUGGGGGCUGUCUGGAAGGGAGGAUCCCAGCCACUCGGAAGCCAAAGGCGAGGCCGGAGCCCGCUUCCUCAUGAUAGGUGCCGGCUUCAGCUUCCUCUUCGCUGUCCCCCUCAUCCUCGUCCUCCUUGCCACCUUCCUGGUGGGUGGCAAUGUGCAGACGCUGGUGUGCCGGAGCUGGGAGAGUGGAGAGCUCUACGAGUUUGCAGAUAUCCCAGGGAACUUGCCCCCGUCCAUGAACUUGUCGUACCUUCUUGGCCUGCGGAAGAAUAUCAGCGUCCUCCUGGCCUACCAGCAGUGCAGGGAAGGGGCCGCACUCUGGAGUGUCCUGCAGCUCAAUGACUCCUACGACCUGGAGAAGCACCUGGAUAUCAGGCAGUAUACCAACAAGCUGCGGCAGGAGUUGCAAGGCCUCAAAGUGAACAUGCAGGACCAGGACCUGCUGAGCCCAGCCGCCCACCGGGACCUGAGGGCCCUGCAGAGCAGUGGGAUCGAGAGCAUUCACUACCCAGACUUCCUCAUUCAGAUCCAGAAGCCUGUGGUGAAGACCGACGUGGAGCAGCUGGCCCAGGAGCUGGAAGGACUGGCCCAGGCACAAGGCAGUUCUGUGCUGGGGCAGCAACUGCAGGAGGAGGCCCAAGGACUCAGAAACCUCUAUCAACAGAAGGUCAUGCCCCAGCAGAACCUCGUGGCGAAGCUCAACCUCAGUGUCAGGGCCCUGGCGUCCUCUGCCCCAAAGCUCCAGCUGGAGACCUCAGAUGUCCUAGGCAAUAUCACUCACCUAAAAGGAGAGCUGCCUGCCUGGGCCACCCGCAUCGUGAGGAAUGUAAGCGAGUGUGUCCUGAGCCGGGAGAUGGGCUACUUCUCCCAGUACGUGGCCUGGGUGAGAGAGGAGGUGACUGAGCGCAUCGCCACCUGCCAGCCCCUCUCUGGAGCCCUGGACAAUGGCCGUGUGAUCCUGUGUGACAUGAUGGCUGACCCCUGGAACGCCUUCUGGUUCUGCCUGGGCUGGUGCACCUUCUUCCUGAUCCCUAGCAUCGUCUUCGCUAUCAAAACUGCCAAAUACUUCCGUCCCAUCCGGAAACGCCUCAGCUCCACCAGCUCUGAGGAGACUCAGCUCUUCCACAUCCCCCGGGUCACCUCCCUGAAGCUGUAG